CUAAGAGUUUGCAUACAAUUGACAAAUGCUGACUAUUUUAAUCUUUCAGGAGGAUAUAGUUGCUGCCACAACGAGAUCCGCUGUAUGACUGCGUGUUAUUAGUCACUUUUGUUUGCAUCUAAGGUCAGGAUAUCAUACCUUCUAAAAUAACAUCAUGAAAUCAAUGAGGGAAGUUGAUCUGGAUACAUACAGCUUGUCUUUACUUACGGCGAAAGAAGACAUCCUGAAUCCACGCUCGUCAACAAACUGGGCUCUAUUCACCUAUGAUGGAAUAAUGAACAGACUCAAACUGGCAGAUUCUGGAGUAGGUGGAUUGAAAGAGCUGACGGCUAAACUUCAGCCUAGACGGCCGCUGUACGGGAUGUGCAGGGUGGGCCAAGCUCAACCCCGCAUCGCUAUGAUAUUAUGGGUAGGGAAUGAAGUGGACGAGUACCGCAGAGCUGAGUGUGCCAGUCAUAUACCAGCAAUAAGGGCCUUCUUUAAGGAAGUUCACAUCUUUCUUCCUGCCCACACUUUGGAUGAAAUCACGGAGGAGAGGAUCUGCACGCUGGCCUAUAACGCUGCAGCUGUGACGCAGGGGCCGAGAGCGAGACCUAGUCGCCGCACAGAAGAUAGACAGGCCAUUGUGGGCACUAAUUACAAGCGAACAAUCGCGGCUGCAGAGAUCCAGAGAAUCCACAGAGAUUCUUUUUGGGCAAAAGCCGAGAGAGAAGAGGAGGACAGGAAAAAGGAGGAACAGUGGAGGGCAGCAGAGGAUAGGAGGCAGAGAGAGAAAGAACGCCUGCUCCAGGAAAGGAGAGAUGCAGUAGAGCGAGAGAGGAGGAUGAAUGAAAAAGAACAGAAAAUAAAGGAGCAAAGGAGAAUGCAGGCGCAAAUGGAGGCAGAGGCCCAGAAACGGGAGAAAAUAAAAUGGGAGCACGAGGAAAGGGAGCGUGAAGAAGACGAAGUCAGAGCUAGAUAUUCACGCUCUCAAUCAGAGGAAAAAGCUGCGGAGGCAGCAGCUCUGGUGUCUCAGCGUAGUAUGAACCCCAGAGAGUUUUUCAGACAACUGUCCUCCUCAAGCCUCCACACAGCCUCCAGUCCCAGCUCCACAUCUCCAGUCAGGAGUCCCUAUAGACGACUACAUCGCAGCCAGACAGACAAUAUCUUCAGUUUCAAUGAAUCACUGUCUUCUACACCUACAUCCCCGUACAGAUCAUCAGUGGUAUCACCUUACUUUCCCUCUACUCCCACAAACAGGAGCCCAAUUCUUUUCACUAACACUUCUUCCUCGCUGCAGAAUUGUGCAAUAGUAUCUACCAAAAGCCAGAUCCAGCUAUCUUCACCUAAGAUGAUGGAGUCACAGCUCCAAACUCAACCAUCACCCACAACCAGUGCAACUGAAUCUGCAAUUAAAACUCCUGUGAGUGAUAUACUAGAAAGUCUGGUCUUUUAUCCACCUCCACCAACCCCUGAGCAGCUCCAACCAGAUGAAUCAGAGAUAGAGUUUCCUCCACCUCCUCCUGGUUUUGAGAAUUGUCCAAAAUCAUCUGUGAACCAACCUGAGAGAGUUGAUGACCCCUUAGACCCUCUUUUUCCUACAUCAUGUCCUGUGGUUCCUGAGCCACCCAGCAGACCACUUCCGGUUCUUCCCAACGCUCCACGAACGAUACAUGACCUGGAAGUGCAGAGGGAUUUUAUUGCUCGGGCAUUGGUUAUAUCUACAGUUGAGGAGGAGGAUGAAGGGGAUGGAGAAAAAGAGAUGGAAUACGAGGGGAAGGAUGCAACUGAAGAAGAAGCAAAAAAAGGAGGUGGAGAAGAGAAGGCUGAAACUGGAGCGAAGAAGAGGAACAGAGGACAGGAGGAACAUGAUGGGAUGACUGUGGAAAUACACGAAAGUCAAAAAGGAACAAAUGGCAAAAUGAUGGAGGGAUAUGAGAGUGGAAAAGAUGGGAAAAUGUUGGAAGAAUGCGAGAGUGAAGAAAAACAAGGUGGCAAUAUUAUGCAAGAACAUAAGAGUGAAGAAGAUAAGGCUGGGAAAAUUGUGGAAGCUUUUGAGAGCGGGAAAAUUAUGGAGGAACAAGAGAGUGAAAAAAUCAUGUUAAAAUGUGUGCUAGAAAAAGAGCAGGAUAGGGAAAAUACAGAAAAACAUGAGGAAGAUGAUUUGGAACAACAUGAACGUGACAAAAAGAUGGAAGAAUAUGAGCAAGAUGGAAACCUCGUAGAAGCUUUGGACAGUAAAAAGGAGCAAGACAAGAAAAACAUGGAAGUAUUUCCGACAGAAAAAAUACAAUAUGGGAGAACUGUGGAUGAAUGUGGGGAAGAAAAUGAGCAAGAAGGGAAAAUCGUAGAAAAAUGUGAGGAUGAGAAUGACGGUGAAAAAGAAAAAUGUGUGAAAUGUAAGGAAGAACUUGAGGUUGAUAAAAUGCAAGAUGGGAGCAUCUUGGAAAAACAUAGAAAAGAGCAAGAUUGCAAAAUUAUUGAAGAAUUUGAGAAAAUACAAAAUUCCAAAAUGAUAUUACAGUAUAUGCGAGAAGAGAAGCUAGAUGCGAAAAUUGUGGGUUCAUUUGACAAUGAAAAAGAACAAGACGAUAAAUGCAUGGAAGUAUCUGAAACUGACAAAAUACAAUAUGAAACAAUGAUGGAAGAGUGUGUGCAAGAAAAUGAGCAAGAUGGAAAAACUGUGGGAAAACAUGAGGGAGAAGAUGAAAGUGAAAAGGAACAAGCUGGGGAAAUUAUGAAAGAACAUGAGGACAAAAAAAUACAAGAUAGGAACAUCACUGAUGAACAUAUAAGGCAAGAAAAUGAGCAAGAUGGAAAAAAUUUAGAAAAAUGUGAAGAACAUAAGAGUAAAAGAGAAAAUGGAAGCAAAAAACAAGAUGAGAUAAGCAUAGAAUUAACUGAAACUGAAAAAUUACAUUAUGUGACGAAGAUGGAAGAAUGCGGGCAAGAAAAUGAACAAUAUGGGAAAAUUGAAGAAGAACACCUGAAAGAAAAUGAAAAAGAACAGGAUUGGAAAAUAACUGAAGACUCUGAGAAUGAAAAAAUACAAGAUGGAGACAGAGAUGAACAUAAGAGUGACAAAGAUGAAGGUUGGAACGUUGUGGAAGUAUAUGAGACUGAAAAAAUACAGCAUGUGAAAAUUAUGGAAGCAUGUGAGCAAGAAAAUAAGCAAGACGGAAAAAAUGUAGAAGAAUGUGAGGAAGAAGACGAUGGCGAAGAACAAGAUGGUAGAAGGUUGAAAAAACAGGACUGGACAAUUGUAGAAGCGUCUGAGAGUGAAAAAGAGCACGAUUGUAAAAUUGAGGGAAGACAUGAAGAUGGUAGUCUGGAAGAGCAAGAGGAUGAAAAAGAUCAGGAUUGGAAGAUGACAGAAAACUGCAAAAGUGCAAAAAAACAGUGCGGGAAGAUUGCGGAAAAAAAUGACAGUGAAAACAAACAAGAUGAGAUCACAGAAAGUCAACAGGAAGAACAGAACCAGGACGAUGAUGGAAUGUCACAUGUGGAUGUAGAUAAAGCUGCGAACGUGACUGUGCUCAGGAAGGAGGAAUCGUACACAGAGGUUAUAAAGAGAGAUGAGGCCACUGAAGUAGGUGUCCAAAAUGAGAAGGAACCUUUAAUCCAGACAGACGCAGUUUUUUCCCAGUAUGCACCGCUCUUCCCAGAUUCCCAUUCUACGGAGCCGUUUCCAAUCAAUGACGCAUGUGUUUCUGAAACUAUUUCAGCCACUCAAGAUAAAAACAAACCAAAGAUGAGCUCAACUGAUACCUCAUCCCAAAUAAACUUACCAACCAUUCAGGUUAAAUCAGAUUUCUCUAGUUUGAACGAUCAAAGCGAUUCAGACAUGAAAGAGAAGAUCGAAAUCUCCAAAAACACCACCUCUGGAGAACGGAUGAACAGUGCGGUGGAAGGUGAUCAGACGGAUGCUGAAACGCUUCGAGAAGAUACAACUGUGGACAGCAGCAGUGACUUGUCUGAGGGGAUUGAUGCUGAAUCCAAAACAUCAACUUUAUCUGAGAAUCAAGCCAGGACUGGACAAUCAGACGAGGGGGAGGGGCUUGCACCUGUCUGUCAUUUCCACGAAGACACUGUGGGCCUAAAAUGUUGUAUUGCUCAUCAGCCGGAUCUGACCAACGACGUAAGCCAUGUUAAAGAGCGAGAAGAAGCCAUAUCACUCCCGGGCAGUUACUCAGAUGUGGAGCAGCGCUCAAAAUGUGAUUCUGAGCUCGAUCGAGUGAAGGAAGACAUUAAACCUCUGGCGAACUGCGAAAAUAUCUCAGAAACACCCAACAGCAGGAGAAAUGAUAAGACAGCCAAUGAAAAAUAAAGAACAUAAUUGGAGGCAUCAUGGGAGCUCUGCAGCGAUCAUAGAGAAAUAUGACCAACAGAUGUUUCUCUCGACCAGUCACUGAAGGCCUUUAAGUUAUUUUCCUAAGAUUAUUCUCAUAUCUGCACAGUAAUGCAAUAUAUAUAUAUAUAUAUAUAUAUAUAUAUAUAUAUAAGAACUGCAUCUACAACACUGAAGAUUUUGAAUGUGCAUACAUUUAAAAAACAUUCAUAAAAAUAUAAAACAUAAAUAUUGCAUGACGUAAAAAUAAACAAAGCACAGUUCUCAAAUCAUGCCGAUCAUCAUGACACACAAAUGAUAUAUAUUAUACACUUUAUUGGAAAAAAUGCAUUAUAUUAUUAAAAAAACAUGCUUCACUUGCGAUUUUGACCCCACUGUAGGUUAUGUAUAUUUACAGAACAUAUAUAUGUAUUUAUUCUUUAUUUUUCAUCUCGAGCAAUAUAAACUUGAUUUUUACUUUCCAAUAAAGAUUUGCAACUAUCUGACAAAAUAGUAAAUAUGAUGUUGCAGGCUA